AUGACAAGUCCUCUCGGCCUCUGCUUCCUUCUCCUCUGUGCUUACAAACUCAGUCUGACAGCUGGGUAUUUAACCGUUUCCAUUGAGCCACUUCCUCCUGUUGUGAUUGGAGACACAGUCACACUGAAGUGCAACUUCCAAACAGAUGGCAACCUCCGAGAGAUUGUGUGGUUUCAGGUGAUUGAAGGAGGCGGUGUCAAGCAGAAAAUUUUCACCUAUGAUGCCAUGUACAACACUAGCUACUCCCACAUGGAAGACAUCCACAGACAUGAUGACCUGGUCUACCAGUCAACUGUGCGGCUUCCUGAGGUCCAGAUGGAGGAUGAUGGCCUGUAUGAGUGCCAUGUCGGGAUCUAUGACAAGAGCUCCAGAGACAAAGUGAUUCUUGCCUCAGGAAGCAUUAUCCUCACUGUCAUAGUACCUCCUAAGUCUAUCUCUGUGGUGGCAGCCAACAGUCCAGCUCCUUUCAGCCGCUAUGAGGCCCAGAACUUCACUCUGGUUUGCAUUGUUACAGGAGCAAAGCCAGCUCCCAUGGUAUACUUCAAGCGGGAUGGUGAGCUUAUUGAUGUAGUGCCAACUGCCCAGUCAUCUUCCACAGUGGGAGAUCAAAGCCAGGCGGGGCUCUGGAGCUCCCGGAUUCUCAGCAGUCGAGACCUUGAUGACACCAAACUCCACAAGUCCCUGUCCCUGCUGGAAGAAGAGGGGAAGCUAGCUCGGCUGGGCCAAGACGGGCCCGAGGGCCCUGAACCGGGCCGAGAGCAGGGGUCCAAAUCCGAUCCCAAGCCAACCUCUGAGGUGAUACCUGAGACGGUGGUGAGCCGCGAGUUUCCGCGUUGGGUCCAGAGCAGUGACCCACUCUACUACUUCCAGCACCGGCAGCAGGCAGCAGGAGAUGGCACCAUGGAGGUGAGAGCCAUGCUGACCUGGAGCCUCAACCCCCAGCUGGACAAUGAGGCUCUGUUCAGCUGUGAGGUCAACCACCCAGCUCUGUCUAUGCCCAUGCAGGCUGAGGUCACACUGGCUGCUCCCAGAGGACCCAAGCUGACCAUGAGCCCCGGUAAGGCCAAGGUGGGAGACACAGUGCGGAUCACUGUCCAAGGCUUCCAGCUGGGACCUUCUGCAAGUGAGGUCUUCCCUGAGCCCAUGUUCACCUGGACCAAGGUCGGCGGACGUCUGCUGGAUGGUAGAGAGGAGCAUGACGGCAGGGAGCUUAUUCUAGAGAGAGUUCCUGCUGAGCUCAACGGCUCCAUGUUCCGCUGCACAGCCCAGAAUCCUCUAGGCUCCACAGAUACCCACACCCGCCUCAUUGUGUUUGAAAACCCAAGACUGAAGAAACAUUUUAUUGCUAUUGAUGCAGCAGUCAGUUGGCACUCCCUCACAUUAUCCUCCAUGGUACUGCUGCUGAGCUUCACCUGCGAGCUGACGUGA